AUGGCAAGCUUUGAUGAUAUUUUCAAGAAACCUGUAGUUGUUCAAGGGAGCGGCAAGCGCAAACUCGAACAACCGAACCAUGACCCUAAUGCAUUCUACAAAGCGGCGAAGUUAGGCGCCAACGGCGAUGUCAAAGGCAAAGGAAAAGCUGCAGCUGUCGACGACGAGCCGGAAGACGAGAGCGACUUUGCGGGACCCGACCUUCCACCCGAUUUCGAAGAAGAUGUGCCUGACGACGAGGAAGGACGAUUUUUCGGAGGAGGCAUGGCAAAGGAGACGGCUCAGGCUAUGGAUUAUUUAGAUCGACAGGAUCAGGAUGGAGAUACAGCUGUGGAAAAAAUCGAUAUUGCAUGGGUGAGGCGUUUAGCUUUGAACUUUGAGAAGCGCGUAUCAAAGAAUGCAGAGCUGCGUGCGAAAUUCGAAAAUGAUCCGCAAAAAUUCAUGGUCUCCGAAGCCGAUCUCGACGCCGAUAUAAAAUCCCUAUCUGUUCUUUCUGAACACCCUGAACUAUACGAAGAGUUUGCGAAACUGGGAUGCGUCGCAUCCCUUGUCUCUCUUCUUGCGCAUGAAAAUACAGACAUCGCAAUUGACGCAAUUCAAACGCUAACAGAACUGACGGACGAGGAUGUGCAAGCCGAACAAGAGCACUGGGACAGCUUAGUCAAUGCCAUGCUCGAUGCCGAUGUUAUUGAGCUACUAGCUCAAAAUCUUUCACGCUUAGACGAGUCCCAGGAUGCAGACCGAAGCGGAGUUUAUUACGUUCUAAAUGUACUUGAGAAUUUAGCCUCUCAAUCCUCAAUCGCUGAGAAAAUCGGGCAGGACGCCAGCAUAAUACCCUGGCUGUUGUCGCGUAUCCAGCAAAAAGAGACGCCAGUAGGGCAAAACAAACAGUAUUCAGCAGAAAUCCUCGCUAUCCUUUUACAGUCAUCUUCCAAGAACCGAAACAAAUUUGUCUCGCUCAAUGGCGUGGACGUUCUGCUACAAUUAUUGAGUUCAUAUCGCAAACGAGAUCCUGAGAAGGAUUCGGACGAAGAAGAAUAUGUUGAAAAUCUCUUCGAUUGCCUCACAUGUGUGGUAGACGAGGAGGAUGGCAAAGCAAAGUUCUUAGAGGCCGAAGGUGUUGAACUUGCACAAAUCAUGCUUCGAGAGGGCAAGCUCAGUAAGCAGAGAGCGUUGCGAACAUUAGAUCAUGCGUUGUCAGGGCAGACAGGCGCAGCUGCAUGUGAUCGUCUGAUUGAGGUUGCUGGCCUCAGGACGGUAUUUGGCAUGUUCAUGAAGAAGCAAGAAAAAGAAGCCAUGGAGCACUUGCUGGGCAUAUUUGCGUCUCUUCUUCGGCAUCUACCCGGUGGGUCAGCUCCUCGUAUACGGACACUGGCAAAGUUUAUGGAGAAAGACUACGAGAAGAUUGAAAAGUUGAUCAAGUUGAGGAGAGAAUAUUCAUCCCGACUUAGUCCUGUUGAGUCUGGCAUCGAGCAGGAGCGUCAGGGGUUGGAUGAAUCAGAUCAGGAGAUCAUGGCGGGAGAAUGGCUUUCCCGCCGGCUCGAUGCUGGUCUUUUUGCACUUCAGACUAUUGAUGUCAUUCUUGCAUGGCUCAUUGCCGAAGAUGAUGGAGCGAAGACCAAGAUAUCGGCAUUGUUGGGUGACCGAGAUGAAGACAUCUCAUUAAUUGGAAAGACCCUUCAAGACCAAGUAAAUGAUCUGGGAGACGAGGAUGAAGGCGAGAAAGACUUGAAGGAUAUGUUAAGCACAUUGCUGCAGUUUGUACAAUAG